AUGAAGGUACCUAAAGAGGAACUAGUCGUUUCUCUGUUUGUAUUUUUAAAAACUUACUUUUUUCCAGUUUGUCGGACCUGUAUUGUACGGUAUUUACAGACUAACAAAUUUUGUCCUACGUGUGAAGUCCAGGUGCAUAAGACUCGCCCUUUAGUUAAUAUUAGGUCAGACCAGACUCUACAAGAUAUAGUUUAUAAAUUAGUUCCAGGAUUGUUUAAAAAUGAAAUGAAAAGACGGCGAGAUUUUUAUUCACAGCAGAAUGCCUUUGUUCAAGGAUCCAUUCCAACUUCAAGUGAAAAGAGGGGUGAUGUUUGGGGCUGUGAUCGUAUGAUUUUUUCCCCAGAAGAUAUCAUUAGUGUUUCAAUUGAAUAUUGCCCUUUAAAUUUACCAAUGCCCUUAACAUUGCAUCCAAAUAUAUAUUCUGAAGGUUUACAUCCUAAUAAUGAAACUGAUGACAAAACGCAUCGCCGAUAUCUCCGUUGUCCUGGUGCUAUAACUGUAUAUCAUCUAAAAAAGCUACUUCGUGCAAAAUAUGGUUUAAAUCAAAAUGAAAAAGUAAGCAUAUAUUUUGACCUGGCAACGAGUAUUUAUUAGAAAUGUGAAAACAUAGUCUUCUUCUUAAAUGAAGUAUUUCAGAUUCUCUUUCUUUUUACCUCAUAAUCACUAUUCUGAUAAACGUUAGUUAAUUUAAGCAACUUUUAAAAUUAA